AGUUACUCUUCUUGCCAGACAACCCAUCAGUCUUCUCAUACGCUCUUUCUCACUCACACCCACACUCACUCAUCUUCACUCUUUACAUCAGAUUCUAGGUUCAAUAAUCAAACACUAUGCACUUCCAACUCAUUCAGUCCGCGGCUCUAUUGGCCGCUGUCCUCCCGACAGCCCUCGCAGCCAUUCCCUCUCCUGACUUGGAGCGCCGGGCCGAGUGGACCACCACCACUCAAGACAUCGAGCUCUCCGAACUGGGAACCAUCGAGUUGUACUCGCAGAACGAUAACCCCGCCAACGUGGUUCAGAGAGAGCUCGAGGCGCGAAGCUCCGCGUCUGCCUUUGUCUGCAGAGGCCGUCGCCCCCUGCCCCGCAGCGGAGGGAAGUGGCUGUACCGUGAGGCCACCUGUGACCGCACCGGCACCGACGUGAACACGUUCAAAGUCUCCUGCAUGGCCGAGAACUCCCACGCAGAUAUCCUCUACCGCCUUCCCGGCGCCUGUGGCAAGAAUCAGUGGUGCGUUGAGUUCCACGGUUAUAACGAGAUCGGCCAGAGCGCCUGGGACGUCACCUGUGUCGACAAGCCCAACAUUCACACCUGGGUGGCCAACACCUUCUCGAACCCGGGCCAGGUCACCACCUGCAGCGCCGGAUGGAACAACAACGGCAAGCGCAACCUCAAGGCUACCUUUGAGGUCGACGUCAUGGACGCUGGUGGCAUCAACCGUAUCAAUCCCAGAGAGAUUUACUAUCAGAUUGGUGGUAAGCGCAUUGGUGUCUCCCGGGAUGGUGACUCUGAAGUCGGUUCGGGAUCUGUCAUCAUUCCUCCCGGUGGAUCUAUCCAGGCCUGCGUCACCGCGUACUCAGGACAGAUUAUCAAUAUGCUUGGGGCUCUUACUUCCCUUGUGUCGCUUUAGACCCUUAGCACGCUUGACCGGCAAUGCCAUGCUACGCGCAGGACUGCCUGGGAGGCUUAGGUUUCUCGAAAGAUUGGGGUCCUGUUAUAUAGAUCAGCACAGUCAUUACCGAA